AUGAAGGACCACUGUGCUGACACCCUCAAGCUCUCCAUCUCCUGUGUUCCACGGUGGCACCAACAUCCCCAGUCUUGUGCCACAGCCAAAGAUCCACCCAAGUUGAGGUUGGCCACUCCUUCAGAUGCCACCAUCAGCCUGGUGAACGGCAGGAACCGCUGCGAGGGUCGCGUGGAGAUUUCCCACUCUGGGGGCCGGGGCACUGUCUGUGAUGAUGGCUGGGACCUGAGAGAUGCCCAGGUGGUGUGCAGGCAGCUGGGAUGUGGCUCUGCUGUUUCUGCAACAACAGGAGCCUCCUUUGGACAAGGCAAUGGCAGCAUCUACCUGGAUGAUGUGAACUGUGCAGGCUGGGAGUCAUCCAUCUUCCAGUGCAGCCACAAUGGCUGGGGCAACCACAACUGUGGCCACAAUGAAGAUGCUGGUGUUGUGUGUUCAGGAGAACAGAGCCGGGAAAAGCACAGCAGAAUGCAGCUGAGACUGAGAGCUGCAAUGGGAUCAGAAUCAUCCCUCUUGAAGUGCAGCCACAGUGGCUGGGGCCUCCACAAUUGUGGCUGCAGUGAAGAUGCUGGUGUUGUGUGCUCAGGUACCACUGCUAUGGCUGCCUGCAGCCUGGUGAACGGCGGGAGCCGCUGCGCGGGUCGCGUGGAGAUUUCCCACCCUGGGGGCCGGGGCACUGUCUGUGAUGAUGGCUGGGACCUGAGCGAUGCCCAGGUGGUGUGCAGGCAGCUGGGAUGUGGCUCUGCUGUUUCUGCAACAUCAGGGGCCUACUUUGGACAAGGCAGUGGCAGCAUCUACCUGGACGAUGUGAACUGUGCAGGCUGGGAGUCAUCCAUCUUCCAGUGCAGCCACAAUGGCUGGGGCAACCACAACUGUGGCCACAAUGAAGAUGCUGGUGUUGUGUGUUCAGGUGCCACCAUCAGCCUGGUGAACGGCGGGAGCCGCUGCGCGGGUCGCGUGGAGAUUUCCCACCCUGGGGGGGGCACUGUCUGUGAUGAUGGCUGGGACCUGAGCGAUGCCCAGGUGGUGUGCAGGCAGCUGGGAUGUGGCUCUGCUGUUUCUGCAACAUCAGGGGCCUACUUUGGACAAGGCAGUGGCAGCAUCUACCUGGACGAUGUGAACUGUGCAGGCUGGGAGUCAUCCAUCUUCCAGUGCAGCCACAAUGGCUGGGGCAACCACAACUGUGGCCACAAUGAAGAUGCUGGUGUUGUGUGUUCAGGUACCACAGGUUUGAUUGCCUCUGCAAUGGGAUCAGAAUCAUCCCUCUUGAACCUGGUGAACGGCGGGAGCCGCUGCGCGGGUCGCGUGGAGAUUUCCCACCCUGGGGGCCGGGGCACUGUCUGUGAUGAUGGCUGGGACCUGAGCGAUGCCCAGGUGGUGUGCAGGCAGCUGGGCUGUGGCUCUGCUGUUUCUGCAACAUCAGGGGCCUACUUUGGACAAGGCAGUGGCAGCAUCUACCUGGACGAUGUGAACUGUGCAGGCUGGGAGUCAUCCAUCUUCCAGUGCAGCCACAAUGGCUGGGGCAACCACAACUGUGGCCACAAUGAAGAUGCUGGUGUUGUGUGUUCAGGUACCACAGGUGCCACCAUCAGCCUGGUGAACGGCGGGAGCCGCUGCGCGGGUCGCGUGGAGAUUUCCCACCCUGGGGGCCGGGGCACUGUCUGUGAUGAUGGCUGGGACCUGAGCGAUGCCCAGGUGGUGUGCAGGCAGCUGGGAUGUGGCUCUGCUGUUUCUGCAACAUCAGGGGCCUACUUUGGACAAGGCAGUGGCAGCAUCUACCUGGACGAUGUGAACUGUGCAGGCUGGGAGUCAUCCAUCUUCCAGUGCAGCCACAAUGGCUGGGGCAACCACAACUGUGGCCACAAUGAAGAUGCUGGUGUUGUGUGUUCAGGUACCACAGAACGUGCCACCAUCAGCCUGGUGAACGGCGGGAGCCGCUGCGAGGGUCGCGUGGAGAUUUCCCACCCUGGGGGCCGGGGCACUGUCUGUGAUGAUGGCUGGGACCUGAGCGAUGCCCAGGUGGUGUGCAGGCAGCUGGGAUGUGGCUCUGCUGUUUCUGCAACAUCAGGGGCCUACUUUGGACAAGGCAGUGGCAGCAUCUACCUGGACGAUGUGAACUGCAAGGGAUCAGAAUCAUCCCUCUUCCAGUGCAGCCACCGUGGUUGGGGCGUCCACAAUUGCGGCCACAGUGAAGAUGCUGGUGUUGUGUGUUCAGGUACCACUGAUGCCACCACCAUCAGCCUGGUGAACGGCAGGAACCGCUGCGAGGGUCGCGUGGAGAUUUCCCACUCUGGGGGCCGGGGCACUGUCUGUGAUGAUGGCUGGGACCUGAGAGAUGCCCAGGUGGUGUGCAGGCAGCUGGGAUGUGGCUCUGCUGUUUCUGCAACAACAGGAGCCUCCUUUGGACAAGGCAAUGGCAGCAUCUACCUGGACGAUGUGAACUGUAUGGGAUCAGAAUCAUCCCUCUUCCAGUGCAGCCACCGUGGUUGGGGCAGCCACAAUUGUCAGCACAGUGAAGAUGCUGGUGUUGUGUGUUCAGGCAAAAAAAUUAUUUGUGAUGAUAUACUUUUUAAGUCCUCUGGAACGUUUCAGAGUCCUUCUUUGAACCCUUCAGAUAAAGCAGAUUGUUUGUGGCAAAUACAUGUAACAAACAAUUUCCUCAUUACACUCACAUUUGAUAACAUUCAGUUGCAAGGUGGAUGCCAGAAUGACUAUAUUGAGAUCUAUGAUGGGCCACCCAAAUCUUCUCCUCUACUUGGAAGAAUUUGUUCUAGUUCUCAUCUCACAUACACCUCAUCUUCAAACUUCAUGUCUGUGAGAUUUUACUCCCAAUAUUCCAGUGGAAGUUUUAGGGCUCGGUAUCAGUCCCUUCCAGCAGACCGGAACACCACCCUUCUGUGCUUGCCAACCUACAUGUAUGCAGUGGUAGACAGACAUUAUCUCCAGUCCCAGGGCUACUCAGUGGGGAACAUCAGCCUGGCAGACCCUCAGUGUACACCAAACAUUACAUCAACUGAGGUUAUAUUCAACAUUUCAUACAGUGACUGUGGUACAAGUAGACAGGGCGACAAUGAAACAAUCACCUACUCCAACGUGAUUAAAGUGCCUGCUCCUGGCACAGUCAUCAAGAGGAAAAAGGAUCUUCACUUCCACAUCAGCUGCAAAAUGCUGCAGAACACCUGGGUUCAGGUCAUGUACAUUGCUGAUGAUAUCAUCGAUGUCAACAAAACCCAGUAUGGCAGAUAUGAAGUGAGCCUGACGUUCUACAAUUCCUCAACCUUCCAGUGGCCAGUGCAUGACUUCCCUUACUAUGUUGACAUGGACCAGAAUUUGUACCUCCAAGCUUCUCUUCACAGCUCUGACCAAAAUCUGACCGUGUUUGUGGACACCUGUGUGGCAUCACCUAAUUCUAGUGAUUUUAGAACACUGGUCUAUGAAUUGAGCAAGAGUGGGUGUGCUAGUGACUCUACCUACUUUCUCUACCCCUCGCCACGAAGCGACAUCGCUCGGUUUGGGUUUAACUCCUUCUCAUUCGUGAACCGAUUCCCAUCGGUGUUCCUGCGCUGCGAGGUGCUGGUGUGCAGGUACCACGACUACCCCUCCCGCUGCUACCAAGGCUGCGUGAGCAGGUUCAGGAGGAAUGCAGAUUCUUCCCACGAGCAAGUGACUGUUGUUGUUGGACCCGUGCAGCUUCGGGAAGCUCACGCUGAGAGCAGGAACAUUGGGCUGGCCUCUGACAUCCAGGCAAAAGGGGAGACCCUGAGCUCAGAGCCUGCUGCCAGCUCCCACGUUCCUCUGGCUGUGACCAUCGUGGUGCUGGUUGCUGCUGCUCUCACAGUGGGAGGAUUUCUUUGGAAGAGGAAACUGCAGGAGGGCAUCCCAUACCAGAAACUGUUUGCUGUUUCACCUCUCAAAAACCCUGUGACUCCCUACGUCCACCUGGUGAACGGAAGGCACCGGUGUGAAGGUCGUGUUGAGAUCUACUACCGGGGACGGUCGGGGACAGUGUGUGAUGACUUCUGGGACCUCCCUGACGCCCAGGUUGUGUGCAGACAGCUGGGCUGUGGCAGGGCCAUUGCAGCUCUGGGAAGUGCCUACUUCGGGCAGGGCUCGGGUGACAUCGUGCUGGACAACGUGAGGUGCAGUGGAAAUGAGGCGUCCUUGCUGCGCUGCAACCACACGGGGUGGAGGAUCCACAACUGCGCCCACUACGAAGAUGCUUCUGUUGUCUGUUCAGGGCCCGGCGUGCGGCUGUCGGGCGGCAGGAACGGCUGCGAGGGCCGCGUGGAGCUGUACGACGGCAGCACCUGGGGCACCGUGUGUGACGACCAGUGGGACAUGCAGGAUGCCCAGGUGCUGUGCCAGCAGCUGGGUUGUGGAGAGCCCCUGGCUGCGCUGGACACUGCUCACUUUGGCCCGGGCUCCGGCCGCAUCUUCCUGGACGACGUGCAGUGCCGUGGGGACGAGCCCUCCCUGCAGAUGUGCCAGCACAAUGGUUGGGGCAUGCACAACUGCAGGCAUGUGGAGGAUGCCAGUGUCAUCUGUGCAGGGCCCGGCGUGCGGCUGUCGGGCGGCAGGAACGGCUGCGAGGGCCGCGUGGAGCUGUUCGACGGCAGCACCUGGGGCACCGUGUGUGACGACCAGUGGGACAUGCAGGAUGCCCAGGUGCUGUGCCAGCAGCUGGGCUGUGGAGAGCCCCUGGAUGCCCCACAAAAUGCUCACUUUGGCCCGGGCUCCGGCCGCAUCUUCCUGGACGACGUGCAGUGCCGUGGGGACGAGCCCUCCCUGCAGAUGUGCCGGCACAACGGCUGGGGUGUGCACAACUGCGGGCACACGGAGGAUGCCAGUGUCAUCUGUGCAGGGCCCGGCGUGCGGCUGUCGGGUGGCAGGAACGGCUGCGAGGGCCGCGUGGAGCUGUACGACGGCAGCACCUGGGGCACCGUGUGUGACGACCAGUGGGACAUGAGGGAUGCCCAGGUGGUCUGUCAGCAGCUGGGCUGUGGCCAGGCCUUGAGAGCCCCACGCAAUGCUCGCUUUGGCCCGGGCUCCGGCCGCAUCUUCCUGGACAACGUGCAGUGCCGCGGGGACGAGCCCUCCCUGCAGAUGUGCCAGCACAGCGGCUGGGGCAUGCACAACUGCGGGCACGUGGAGGAUGCCAGUGUCAUCUGUGCAGUGGCCCAUGUGGGCAGAGCAGAGAGCUGGGCUGCUGUGAGCUCAUCUUUGUCCCCGUGCCGUGUGCCAGGGCCCGGCGUGCGGCUGUCGGGCGGCAGGAACGGCUGCGAGGGCCGUGUGGAGCUGUACGACGGCAGCACCUGGGGCACCGUGUGUGACGACCAGUGGGACCUGAGGGAUGCCCAGGUAGUCUGUCAGCAGCUGGGCUGUGGCCAGGCCUUGAGAGCCCCAGGCAAUGCUCGCUUUGGCCCGGGCUCUGGCCGCAUCUUCCUGGACGACGUGCAGUGCCGCGGGGACGAGCCCUCCCUGCAGAUGUGCCAGCACAGCGGCUGGGGCAUGCACAACUGCGGGCACGUGGAGGAUGCCAGUGUCAUCUGUGCAGGGCCCGGCGUGCGGCUGUCGGGCGGCAGGAACGGCUGCGAGGGCCGUGUGGAGCUGUACGACGGCAGCACCUGGGGCACCGUGUGUGACGACCAGUGGGACCUGAGGGAUGCCCAGGUAGUCUGUCAGCAGCUGGGCUGUGGCCAGGCCUUGAGAGCCCCAGGCAAUGCUCGCUUUGGCCCGGGCUCUGGCCGCAUCUUCCUGGACGACGUGCAGUGCCGCGGGGACGAGCCCUCCCUGCAGAUGUGCCAGCACAGCGGCUGGGGCAUGCACAACUGCGGGCACGUGGAGGAUGCCAGUGUCAUCUGUGCAGGGCCCGGCGUGCGGCUGUCGGGCGGCAGGAACGGCUGCGAGGGCCGCGUGGAGCUGUACGACGGCAGCACCUGGGGCACCGUGUGUGAUGACCAGUGGGACCUGAGGGAUGCCCAGGUGGUCUGUCAGCAGCUGGGCUGUGGCCAGGCCUUGAGAGCCCCAGGCAAUGCUCGCUUUGGCCCGGGCUCCGGCCGCAUCUUCCUGGACAACGUGCAGUGCCGUGGGGACGAGCCCUCCCUGCAGAUGUGCCAGCACAGCGGCUGGGGCAUGCACAACUGCGGGCACGUGGAGGAUGCCAGUGUCAUCUGUGCAGCACCUUAUUUUUGUGGUGGCUCAGUCUCAGAUCCCUCUGGGGUGCUGCAGAGUCCCAACUACCCUGGAAAUUAUCCAAACGACGCUGACUGCGUGUGGGAAAUACAAGUGGAGAAUAAUUUCCGUGUAACACUGACAUUUAGAGAUAUUGUGAUGCAAAGUGGGACGUGCCAGCACGACUACAUUGAAGUCUAUGAUGGACCUCUCCACUCUUCCCCUCUUCUUGGGAGAUUCUGUUCUGGCUCCUUUCCCACAUACGUGUCCUCUUCAAACAUGCUGAGUGUUCGCUUCCACAGUGAUUCCAGAUUCUCCUUCAGAGGCUUUCAGGCUCACUACUCCUCCAUUCCAGCAGGUCACAACACCACCAUUCAGUGCUUGCCAGACUACAUGCAUGUAGUGGUCAGCAGGGACUACCUCCAGUCCCAGGGAUACUCAGCACGGAAGGUCACCUUGAAUGACAAUCGCUGCAGACCGACAGUCACCUCACAGGAGGUUGUAUUCAACAUCCCCUACAAUGGCUGUGGGACAAUCCAAGAGGAGAACAACGACACAAUCAACUACGCCAACACCAUCAGGGUCGCAUCUUCCGGGUACAUAAUCAGGAGGAAGAAGAACAUCAACUUGCACGUCAGCUGCAGAAUGCUGAGGAAGAGCUGGCAGCAGGUGGUGUACGCCGCUGAGGACACCAUGGAUGUGGACGAGUACCAGUUUGGGAGAUACAACAUGAACAUCACCUUCUACGAGUCCCCGGCGUUCCGGCGCCAAGUGCGCGCCUCUCCCUACUACAUCGGCCUCAACCAAAACCUCUACCUGCAAGCCUGUCUCCACAGCUCGGACCCAAACCUGAAGGUGGUUGUGGACACGUGUGUGGCAGCGCCUGACCCCCGGGAUUUUAACACGCUGGCCUAUUACUUAGUCAGGAAUGGGUGUCCUAGAGACUCUUCCUAUGCCACCUACCACUCCCCUUCCAGCCACUUUGCUCGGUUCAAGUUCAACGCCUUCGAGUUCAUGAGCCGGCACCCGUCGGUGUACCUCAAGUGCCAGAUGCUGGUCUGCAGGCUCGGGGACUACUCCUCCCGCUGCUACAGGGGCUGCAGCUCCAGGCCCAAGAGGGACACCAGCCCUGCUGAGGAACAAGUGGAUGUGGUGGUCGGGCCCCUCCAGCUCCGAGGAGGGGAUGCUCCCAUUCCACCACAACCACAGCUGAGAGUGGAAUCUGGAGGGCACCGAUGCGCAGGGAGGGUUGAGGUUUAUCAUGAUGGAAAAUGGGGCACGGUCUGUGAUGGUUGUUUCAAUAUGAACAGUGCCAACGUUGUGUGCAGACAGCUUCACUGUGAGCAAGCUGUCUGUGUCCUGGGACUGUCUUACUUUGGCCAGAGUGGAAAAGUUAUCCCCUUGGAUGAUGGGCAGGAUGCAGUGCAGUCCACUGUUGCACCGACAGCCUUUGCAAGUACUUCAGCCCCAAACCUGAUACCUGCUGCGCUGGAAGCAGAUGUGACAACCCCGGCUGCAGAAAUCCUUUCCACACAGGCUGGAGCAACAGUCUCUCCUAAUGCUGAACCUGCAGAUGCAAACACACCAACAGCCCCUCCUAAUGCUGAACCUGCAGAUGUAAACACACCAACAGUCUCUCCUGCUGAACCUGCAGAUGCAAACACACCAACAUCCUCUCCUAAUGCUGAACCUGCAGAUGCAAACACACGUGUAAACACACCAACAGCCUCUCCUAGUACUGCAGCAGUAGACAUCACCACUACAACAGUCCCUCCUAGUCCUGCACCAGCAGACAUCACCCCUGCUGCCCUCAAAAUGCAGCUGCUCUGGCAGUUCCUCCUCCUGCCCCUCUUCACUGCCCUGGCUCUCUCUGAAAGCAGCUCAGUAGAAUUCACAGGGGUGCCUCGCUGUGGGGCUUCCCUGCAUGAGCCCAACAAAGCCCUGAGGAUUGAACUCAAUGCAAAUGCAAACUGCACCUGGCAAAUCCAGAGGAAUGCAAAUCAAACAAUUAGGAUUGUUUUCUCCCAUUUUAAAUUUGCUCCUUCUUCAAGCUGUGAAACAGAGAGCAUCAAAGUGUUUGAUGGUGCCUCCACUGCUUCAGCUCUCCUUGGCCAAGUGUGUGAUGGCACAGAUGCAGUCCCAGUGCUUGAAUCCUCCUCUGACAGUUUAACUUUUCUCAUUACAACCAACUCCGUGCCUUUCACAAGAAACUUCUUCGUCUACUACUACUUCUUUUCACCAGGAUCAAGAACUGAAAAUUGUGGGGGAGAAUUAACUGGACCCAAUGGGACAUUCAGCAGCCCCAACUACCCAGCACCUUACCCUCAAUUCAAAUACUGUGUCUGGCACAUACAAGCACCAAAAAACUCCAAGAUAAACUUGGAGUUCCGAGACUUUUUCCUGGAAUUGGACAGAAACUGCCAGCUUGACUUCACAGCAGUCUAUGAUGGGGCCAGCACUGCCUCUGGGUUGCUGGGGAAAGUGUGUGGGCAUGCCCAGCCCACCUUUGAGUCUUCUUCCAACGCGCUGACCGUUGUGCUGUCCACAGAUGACACCAACUCCUACAGAGGAUUUUCAGCUCAGUAUUCCACUGCUCCCCUGCCAGGACCCAUGGAGCCCAACACAACCCUUACAUGCUCCUCAGACAGCAUGAGAAUUGUUCUGAGCAAGCCUUACCUGGCCUCCCUUGGCUUUGGGGAAGCUCACCUGCAGCUGAAUGAUCCAUCUUGCAGACCAGUUGUGACAGAUUCAGUGAUCUUCUCCUUCCCAUUGGCCAGCUGUGGGACAAUUAAAAAGGAUGAAGGGCACAGCAUCACUUACACCAACACCAUCUCCCUGGCUGCAGCUGGCAGCACCAUCACCCGCCAGAGGAGCACCGAGAUCACUGCACAGUGCACCAUGAGCAACAAUGAAACCCUGGAGCUCAUCUACACCACAACAAACAAUGCCAUCCAAAAGCUGGCUGCAGGGGGCAGGUACAACGUCAGCAUGGCCUUCUACGAGUCAGAUCUGUUCUCCAAGCCCGUGCAAUACUCCCCAUACUACGUGGACUUGAACCAAACUCUCUUUGCUGAGGUGACUCUUCACUCCACUGAUCCAAAUCUCCAGGUGUUCAUUGAUACCUGCACUGCAGCUCCAGAGCCUGGCUUUGGAUCACUGACAUACGACCUAAUCAGGAGUGGCUGCAAUAAAGAUGACACUGUGGUAACCUACCCAGCGUUUGAAAACCAUGGAAGAUUCAAAUUUAGGGCCUUCAGGUUCCUGAGGAGCUUCCCAUCAGUUUAUCUGCAGUGUGACAUUGUGAUCUGUGACAGCAACAGCACCAACUCUCGCUGUGCCAGAGGCUGCAUCUCCAGGCACAAAAGAGCCAUCUCUCCCUACACAUGGAAAACCAACACUGUGGUGGGGCCCAUCCGCCUGAAGAGAGAUCCCAGGGCUGCUGAGCUCUCAGAAUACCUCACUGAAGUGGAAGCUGAAAAAACACCAAACCUGCAGCAAUACAACUUCCACACUCUGGCAUUUGUGGUUUUAAUUUCAAACAUUCUCAUUGUGGUAGCUGUGAUACUGAAGCAUCACAAGCACCAGGGAGGAUACAGGUAUCAAAAUGUCCAGAGCUCAUUGUAA